UGGUGACGAUGUGAUGCGAUUCAAUACGGGUGGCAAGCUACGGUGGAGCUACGGGCGGACUGACACCACUUAAAAAGCUGCCGUCACUUCAGCCGCACUCACUUGUGUGUCGUCGUCGUGGGAGCGGCGGAUGCUGAGAGUCGAGGCUGUCAGAAGCGCAUCGUCCCUCCAGCCGUUCUCCCGUCGGCCAUGACGUCUGUGCAGACUCCUCCCCUGUCUCGCUCUGGCUCCUCCCCUUCCAACGUGGGCUCAAGCCACCGCGGCGGUGGCACCUCCUCCGCGCCCCCCACCUCCCUCAGCCUCCGCUCCUCCUACAACCACCUGCUGGGCCGCGAGAUCAUCAGGGAGUCCGCCGCCGGCGCGGAAACCUUCAGCUCGGCCACGCUACCCAAGAGCCGCCAGCGCUACGCCGCGACCACCGUCCGCUGCGCCAUGGGCCUGGGCGACAACCUGCCACCUCUCCCCAGGAACCAGCCCCCGAGCCGGGGCCGCGGCCUGCCCAAGAAGUCCUCCUCCAGCUCGGCGCUCUACUCCUCCUCCGUGUCCAACCCCUUCAACAACGCCAACCCCAAGCUGGCCAAGAACGGCGCCAACAUGCAGCGGCGGGCCGAGAGCCAGCAGAUGGAGCUGUGCAAGGCCGGGGUGCGCAACGACGCCGACAACAACAACGCCGACAAGGACAACUCCCAGCUGCCCCCCUUCCGGAGGAGAACCCGCAGCUUCCUGGAGUACCACGGGAAGGGCCUGGACCUGGACCUGAGCUGGGGGAGGAAGGAGGAGGAGAACCGGCAGCAGCAGCAGCAGCAGCAGCAGCAGCAGCAGCAGCAGCCCUCCCCGGUGAAGGAACAGAGCAGCCCUUUGAAGGAGAGGGACAGCCAGGAGGAGGAGAAGCCAGAGGACAAGCACCCCAGCCCCCAGGAUAAGGAGGAGGGGAAGGAGAUGGAGCAGGUGGAGGACGAUGAAAAAGAUGAAGACCCUACACCGACCCUGCUGCCCGUGAUGGUGCAGACUCCCCUCUCCACCACCUCCUCCUCCUCCUCGUCCUCCUCCAGCCCGGAGUGGCUCCUGGACAACCAGGGCCUGAACCACUGGCUGCAUCGCGGCUCGGCCCAGGCGGCCCCGGGCCCCGGCAGGGAGGAGCACAGCCUGCACAUCCCGCCCCUCCCCCGGGGCAGUCAGAGCCCGGCCAAGCCCCCGCGCACCUCCCAGCCCCGGGUGAUCAAGGUGGAGCUGCACCCCAACAACGAGAACCAGUUCCUGCAGCAGUACCCGCCCUCGUCCCCCAAGACCACCAGAGCCGCGGAGAGGAUCAGCACCCCCAGCAGGCCCCCCCCGGCCGCCUCCCCCCCUCCGGGCCUGGUGGACCCAGAGCCAGAGGGGGGGCUGCCGAAGGUGGGCUUCAGGAUGGAUCUGCCCCCUGACACCCCGUCUGAGGACGAGGACUCCAGCUGGACCACCCUGUCCCAGGAGACGCCGUCCCCCCAGACUCCCAACGAGACAGCGGAGGUCUGGACGGAGGGCGAGCUGCCCCCCGGGUGGCGGGAGGUCUCGGCCCCCUCCGAGGUCUACUUCUGGCACGUGCCCACCGGGACCACCCAAUACCACCGGCCCGUCGCCGCCGACAACCAGGGGACCUCUCCGACCCCUGGCGGGCCCGACCCGGAGCCCGAUCCCCUGCUGGGUUCCACCGAGACCGUGAGGCCCCCCGUGGAGCGGCCCAGCAGCCUGAUCUCUGACAGCUCAGUGGAGCCCGUCCCGUCUCCGUCCGGCUCCACCCCUUCCCAGUAUGGCUCCUCCCCUACUCAAGACGUCCCCUCCCCUUGUCCAUCUGGCCCCUCCCCACCUUGCUCCCCUUCCCCUUUGAAAGACUACCCGGUCUACCCAGACCCCAGUCUAAAGGCCUUUGAAGGAGCUACGCUACGCUAUGCGUCACUCAGCCUCAAUCCUGCUGCCCAGCUGGAGACGGUGGACCUCAACAGUGCCUGUACCGAUGCAGAAGCAAUGUCCUUCCCGGUGCGCUCCCUGGGCUGGGUGGAGAUGGCGGAGCGGGACCUCUGUGAGGGACGGAGCAGCAUCGCCGUCCACCACUGCAUCAGACAGCUGUCCUACUGCCGCCGGGACAUCAGGGACUCUGCCGGCGUCUGGGGAGAGGGUAAAGGAAUGCUGUUGGAGCUCCAGGAUCGCAUGCUGACCCUGGUUGACCCUGAAGACCGCAGCCUGCUCCACUCUCAGCCAAUCAGCAGCAUCCGUGUCUGGGGCGUGGGACGGGACCAUGACAGAGAAAGGGACUUUGCCUACGUGGCCAGAGACAAGAACACGCGUGUGCUGAAAUGCCAUGUGUUCCGAUGUGACACGCCUGCAGCCGCCAUAGCAACGAGUCUCCACGAAGUCUGCUCCAAGAUUAUGGCUGAGAGAAAGAGUGCCAAGGCUGCAGUCAGCAGCUCCUCACAGAAUGGCUCCGAUGUCCCCCUACAAGAGUUUCCGAUGCCAAAGACUGAGUUGGUGCAGAAAUUCCAUGUGCUGUACCUCGGCAUGACGUCCGUGUCUCGGCCGAUCGGUAUGGACGUGAUUAACAGCGCCAUAGAGAACCUGCUGGCCUCCACAGGGAAGGAGGACUGGACUCCUGUGAUCCUGAGUGUGGCCGACGCCGACGUCGCCGUCAUCAAGGAAAAGGAAGAGGAGGAGGAGGUGCUGGUGGAGUGCCGGGUGCGCUUCCUGUCCUUCAUGGGCGUGGGCCGGGACGUGCACACCUUCGCCUUCAUCAUGGACUCCGGGAACCAGCACUUCCAGUGCCACAUCUUCUGGUGCGAGCCUAACGCCGGCUGCGUGUCGGAGGCGGUGCAGGCCGCGUGUGUGCUGCGCUACCAGAAGUGCCUGGUGGCGCGCCCGCCCUCCCAGAGGGCUGCCUCCUGCUCCUCCUCCACCUCCUCCUCCACCUCCCCCGACUCGGUGACGCGUCGCGUGACCACCAGCGUGAAGCGCGGCGUGCAGUCGCUCAUAGACAAUCUGAAGACCAAGAAGCAGACGUCGGAACUGCCCCACCAAUGA